UAUUUCACGCCUUUAUGCUUAUUUACAUUGUUUCUAUUUAUUGAAAGUAAUAAAUUAUGUGGCAAAAAUGGUCUUAUAAAAUCGACAAAUUAUGAAGAAAAAGAAUUUAAACUGUUGUGUGAAAUAUAAAACUUUUAUGUAAUAUAUGUUGCUUGAAUAAGUUUUGGAUAAUAUUUGGUUUUCAUUUUUGGAAAUUGAAAUAAAAUACCUGAAAUACAUAACAUAAUUUAUCGUGGAAGGUUACAAAUAACUAUGAUAUAAAUUUAUAUAUUUUACGUACAAAAAUGGAUUAUGCUCAUAAUUAUUGUCUGCCUUAUGGCUCGAUUCAGAAUCAAUCAACAAAAGAUUCUUCAAAUAAACAGAAUGUAAAAGAAAUCUGUAGACUCUGUGGGGAAAAAAGUGAAAAUUGUAUACCUAUUUUUGAAAAUAAAUUUUCAAUUGCCGAAAAAAUAAGUAGAUGUCUGCCAAUAGUGGUUCUUGUCAAUGACAAUUUACCACCUCAAAUUUGUAAACGUUGUCUAACGUAUUUAAAUAUUAGUUACAAAUUAAUUGUGAAUUCCCUCAGAAUUGAUGAGCAACUUCGUAAACAAUUGCAGGACAAUAAAGAAGAGAAUAAAUUGAGUUGUUCAAAGGAAAAAAAUGAAACUUCUUAUACAGUGCCUUUGAAAAAAUUAAAAAAGUCCGCAAUUCUCGGUCCAGUGACCUGUGAAUUUUGCGACAUGAUAUUCACAGACGUCAAUGAAUUUGAUGCACAUUUCGAAGAGAAUCAUAUUUUAAAAUGGAAAUGUAACUUUUGUGAUUCAAGUUAUGAAACAUCGGAAGAAUUAAUCGAUCAUAAAACGAAACAACAUUCGGGGAAUAUUAUAAUUUGUAAGACAUGUGUUGACGAGGAGGACGCCGAGGAAAGACAAUUGAAACAAGAAACAAAGGACAGGGACAUAUCUUCCGGUGAAGAAUGUGAAGAUAAAUUUUAUAUCCCCCCUGAAAUUGUUGCAAAAAACCCCAUCCAUAUCGAUUUACCGCAACCUAAUCAAUCACCAAUUUCCGAUUAUUCCGACAAUUUUAAUUUAGACUCAGAAAACAUUCCAUUUAUUGAUGACGAAACAACUAAUUUAAAUGAAGAAAACGAGUCGAAUGAAAAAUCUCAGUCCAAUGAAAAAUCUCAGGCCAAUGAAAAAUCAAAACAAUUACCAUCGUCAUCAAUAUCAAGUGCAUUGCAAAUAAAUGAAAAUAUUGCAAGUAAAAUUGAAUUAUUUCUCUGUGCUGUCUGCCAUCUUCAAGUGAAGGAUCCAAAACUUUUUGAACUUCAUAAAAAAAUUCAUUUACCAAGAGUUAUGAUUUGCGUUCAUUGUAAACAUGAAUCACAAACUAUUUACGAUCUCUAUUUACAUAAAAAGGAGGCUCACAAUUUAUAUUCAAAAGUCAAUCUAAAAUAUGUUUGCGAAAUGUGCGGAAGAUUCUUUUCCAGUAGUUGGGAAUGGGAGGUGCAUAAAACACGAAGAUGCAGAAAUCGAGAAGGAAAUAAAUGUAAAUAUUGCGAGGCCGCCUUCUCAACAAAUCACAAACUCAAAAAACAUUUAAGAAAACAUAAACAAGAGAUGUUCAGCGAUCCAACUGUAAAAAUUUUCAAAUGUGUCUCGUGUCCGAAAAUAUUUGUCGACGAGGAAUUUUACCAAAAACACAGAAAUGUCCACGAUCCAGAAUGUUGGAAUAAUUUUAAAUGCGAAAUAUGCAGUCGAUCAUUUCGUGAUAAUGUGAGACUAAAAGAACACAUGAAAUCAAUUCACGAAGGAGUUAAACCACAUACUUGUGAUGUGUGUGGCAAAUCUUUUCAUCGUUUAUCAAACAUGAAAGCGCAUCGUGCACUACAUUUUGGUCACAAAUGUCCUCAUUGUGAGCAGAAUUUCGAAAAAAUACGACAAUUGGUUACUCACAUUCAGGAAGAUCAUGGUUUAGAACCGCCAGCAAAUUUAUUAACGAAAAAAGGAUACGUGACUGGAACUUUUGUUUGUAAAUUUUGUGGAAGAACUCUAUCGACAUAUCAAUCAUUACUGGAUCACGAACACAUUCAUACGGGAGAAAAACCAUAUCCCUGCGAGAUUUGUGAUAAAAGUUUUAGGAGUUACACAGCGCGUUGGUCACAUAUGCAAAGACAUAAAGAAGGCAAUUUUAUAUGCGAGCAGUGUGGAAAGUCUUUCAAUUAUAAGCAAAAUUUGAUGACUCAUGUGCAAAUUCACGUUUCUAUGGAGGACAGAAAACAUCCUUGUCCAACAUGCAAUAAAAGAUUUUUACGAAAGGCGCAUCUAAAUGUACACAUGCGAAUUCAUGAAGGAAUUCGUCCUUAUACGUGCGAUAUUUGCAAUUUCAGUUUUACACAAGUUGGUGACAUGAGGCGUCAUCGAGCACGUCACGGGAAUGGAGAAAUUGUCAAACGACAACCACGAAUUAGAGUCGAAAAUUUGAAAUACAUUUCCGAAUACAGCAAUGAAGAUACAAAUUAAUUUUUCACACGCAGUAUUCUACUUUCGCGAUAAAAAAAAAUCAAAAUUAAAAAUUAAACUACAUAAUUGGGUAAUCAGUUAAAA